ACACCUUUCAGACAUGAUAACAACAUACUCUGAGGUUCAAUUUGGGGAAAACAAGUAACGAUUCUGGCUUUGUUUCUUGGGCAGUAAGACAGAUUUUUCGCCUUUUUUCUACGCAAUCCAUGAGACCUUUCCUCAAUCAAACCUCAACAAUCCACUUCUAGGGUUUUACUAUCGUCAAUCUCUGGUGAUCUAGUAGAGUAUUCAACUCUAAAUCAAGAAUUUAACAUGGCGGAAGAAACAUCACCGUCAAACUCUCCCGAUGCGGUGGCAUCAGCGGCGGCGGCGUCAUUGGGUCAUUCAGUAAUUCCUAUAGUGAACAAGCUACAAGAUAUAUUCGCACAGCUAGGAAGUCAAUCCACCAUUGAGCUGCCGCAGGUUGCUGUUGUAGGGAGUCAAAGUAGUGGCAAAUCAAGUGUUCUUGAGGCGCUUGUAGGUCGUGAUUUCUUGCCUAGAGGGUCUGAUAUAUGUACUAGGCGACCUCUUGUUCUACAGCUCCUUCAAACAAAGCGUAAUCCUGAUGGUACUGAUGAGGAAUGGGGAGAGUUCUUGCACCUUCCUGGGAAGCGUUUCUUUGAUUUUAAUGAAAUUCGUUGGGAGAUUCAGGCGGAGACAGCAAGGGAAGCAGGAGGAAAUAAAGGAGUCUCAGACAAGCAGAUACGGUUGAAAAUUUUCUCACCAAAUGUUCUUGAUAUUACUCUAGUGGAUUUGCCUGGCAUAACAAAGGUGCCUGUUGGUGAUCAACCUUCUGAUAUUGAAGCUCGGAUCAGAACUAUGAUCAUGUCGUAUAUUAAGCUCCCAAGCUGCUUAAUAUUGGCUGUAACACCAGCCAAUUCAGACUUAGCCAACUCAGAUGCUCUUCAGAUUGCUGGGAAUGCUGAUCCUGAUGGUUAUCGAACUAUUGGAGUCAUCACAAAGUUGGACAUCAUGGAUAGGGGUACUGAUGCUCGUAACUUUUUACUUGGAAAAGUGAUUCCCCUUCGCCUUGGUUAUGUUGGUAUAGUGAAUCGUAAUCAGGAGGAUAUUAUGAUGAACCGGAGUAUUAAGGAUGCACUUGUAGCUGAGGAGAAGUUCUUCCGCAGCCGUCCUGUAUAUAGUGAUCUUGCUGAUCGCUGUGGUGUACCUCAAUUGGCUAAAAAGUUGAACCAGAUUUUGGUGCAGCACAUCAAAAAACUCCUUCCAGGAUUGAAAUCACGCAUUAGUGCUGGACUUGUGUCUGUCGCAAAGGAGCAUGCUAGCUAUGGGGAGAUCACCGAGUCAAAGGCUGGUAUGGGUGCUCUCCUUCUGAACAUUCUUUCCAAGUACAGUGAAGCAUUCUCUUCAAUGAUAGAAGGCAAAAAUGAAGAAAUGUCAACUUCUGAGCUGUCUGGUGGAGCAAGGAUUCAUUACAUUUUUCAGAACAUAUUUGUGAAGAGUUUGGAGGAAGUUGAUCCCUGUGAAGAUUUGACCGAUGAUGACAUCCGAACUGCCAUUCAAAAUGCAACCGGUGCCAAAUCUGCAUUAUUUGUGCCAGAGGUCCCAUUUGAAGUUCUCAUUCGAAGGCAAAUAGCACGUUUAAUGGACCCGAGUUUUCAAUGUGCACGAUUUAUAUAUGAUGAGCUGGUUAAAAUGAGCCAUCGUUGUAUGGUCAAUGAGAUGCAACGUUUUCCAAUUUUGAGAAAGCGCAUGGAUGAGGUUAUUGGAAAUUUUUUGCGUGAAGGACUGGGACCUUCAGAAGUAAUGAUUGGACACCUUAUUGAGAUGGAGAUGGAUUACAUAAAUACUUCACAUCCAAAUUUUAUUGGUGGGACUAAAGCUCAUGAGAUGGCAUUACAACAGGUCAAGUCCUCUAGGAUUGCUGCACCUAAUCCGAGGCAGAAAGAUGGCGUAGAUUUAGAAAAAGCACCAACCUCUGAAAGAAGUCUGAAAUCACGUGCUAUACUUGCCAGAUCAGUUGGUGGUUUUGUCCCUGAUCAGGUUGUUCGGCCUGCUCCAGAAGUUGAGAAAACUACAGCAUCAGGAUCAAAUGUUGGUUCAAGUUGGGGAAUAUCAUCAAUAUUUGGUGGCUCGGACAAUCGUGCAUCUGUAAAAGACAAUUUCAUUAACAAGCCAUUCAGUGAUACUGCACUGAGCAUGGAUCAUGCUUUCUCAAUGAUCCACUUGAGAGAGCCCCCAAGUGUCUUGAGGCCUUCAGAAACUCAUUCAGAUCAGGAGACUAUUGAAAUUGCCAUUACAAAACUGUUAUUGCGGUCAUACUAUGACGUUGUCAGGAAGAAUAUUGAAGACUCAGUACCUAAAGCAAUCAUGCAUUUUCUGGUAAAUCACACCAAAAGAGAUCUUCACAAUGUGUUCAUCAAGAAACUCUACAGAGAAAACCUCCUCGAAGAAAUGUUGCAAGAACCUGAUGAGAUAGCCAUGAAGAGAAAGCGUACACGUGAGACACUUCGUGUUCUUCAGCAAGCUUUCAAGACAUUGGAGGAGUUACCGCUUGAUGCUGAGACAGUUGAAAGGGGUUAUAGCUUGGGUACUGAUCCGACAGGCCUUCCAAAGAUUCACGGGCUUCCAACAUCAUCAAUGUACACUACAAGCAGUGGCUCUACUGAUUCAUACACCGGUUCUCCUAAGAACUCUAGAUUGCGCAAUGCAUCCCAUUCUGGUGAGCUACAGUUACCAAUGUAUGGCGGUGCAGUUUCAAAUGGUAGUGGGCAUAAUGUUGGUAUUUUUCCAACAGUAGGUGUAUAGGAGACUCAAUAGAUGCAGGGGUUGACCAUUCAUGAGUGAAUUUAUUUGCUCUCUCCACCAUCAUCGCAAACCCUGUCUCUGGUGCAGUGGAGUGCUACUAUUCUUUGUCAUGGGAGGUGUUUUGCUAAGCUGAUCACUAUUCGCUUUUA